UUCUUAGUUUUACCCAACACCCUGCACUAUACGUUACUAUUUCAUUCUAUCUAUCCAAUCCACUUGUACCAUCACCAUACACACAAUUCUCUUUUUAUGAUAUUCUCUCUCAAUCUUAUUUUUUUCUUCUUCAAUAAAUAAAAAUUAUUGUAGUUUAUAUAUGUAAUAAUUUGCAAAAAACGGAGAUAUGUUGGAUCUGAAUAAUGAUAGUGUUUUUUUCAAGGAUGAUUCUGUAACAUCCAACACAGACUCCAACAGCUCCUCCUUCCAGCCUUCACUUUCAACUCUUAAUUUCUCCAUACUUAAGAGCGAUCGUGUAUUUGAGAUUGAAGAUGAGAGCAGUACUACUGGUGGUGGUGAUAUGCUCACCAGACAACUUUUUCCGGUGAAAGAUGAGAUUCAAGGUCAAUCUCAGUGCUGGCUCAACUUGUCUGUGUCGGAAUCCGGUGGGUUAGAAGUGCCUGUUUACAAACCUCCGGUGCAUAAGAAAAGCCGACGUGGACCCAGGUCCCGUAGCUCUCAGUAUCGUGGCGUUACAUUUUACCGGCGAACUGGAAGAUGGGAAUCACACAUCUGGGAUUGUGGGAAACAAGUGUAUUUAGGAGGAUUUGAUACAGCUCAUGCAGCUGCUAGGGCAUAUGAUCGAGCUGCAAUAAAGUUUAGGGGAGUUGAUGCUGAUAUCAAUUUCAAUAUAACUGAUUACAACGAAGAUAUGAAGCAGAUGAAGAAUUUGUCAAAAGAAGAAUUUGUUCAGGUACUCCGUCGCCAUAGUAAUGGCUUUUCUAGGGGAAAUUCAAAAUACAGAGGUGUAACCUUGCACAAAUGUGGUCGUUGGGAGGGUCAGUUCAUUGGGAAAAAAGCUUAUGACAAAUGUGAUGGAAGGGAAGCAGCUACCAACUUUGUGGCUAACACGUACGAACGGGAAAAGAAGGAGGAUAAAAGAGAUGGUGGUAGUGGUGAGAAUCUUGAUCUGAACCUCUGGAUUUCUCCGCCUUUGGAGGGUCUAAAGGGCGGUGAAAUUGGUAGAAAUCUACACUUCAAUUUUGGAGGUCGUGAUAUGGUUAUUGGCAAAACAUUUGAGACUCAAAGCUCCUCUAUUGUUCCACAAGGUCCAGCAACAAUGUCUAAGCUUUCUAUAUUCACUGGCAUGUAUCCUGGUUUUCCUCCCCACAGUACGGAAGGAGCAAUGAUGAAGGCUGAAGCCGCAAGUUCGUCUCCAGUACUUCCGAAUUGGGGUUGGAAAAUACAUAGUCAAGGUGUGGUCACUCCAGUGCCAGUGUUUUCUUCUUCUGCAGCAUCAUCAGGAUUCUCUACUGCUACCACUCUGCAUACAAAUUCCCUCCUACCACCAAGCAACCAACUACGUCUCCCCACCAACUAGACUUUCCAACACCCUUUCCCGGUGACCGUUUACAUUAGUUAAGAGGGACUGCCACGACCACCUAAUGAUCGUGGAAUACAUGCUCAGUCACUGAACUGUGAAAAUCUGUUUCCAUUGUGUGCAUCAUACAUAAAGCAGCACCAAGUGUAAAUUAUUUAGCACAUGAUGAUGUAUAGGAUGGUAGAAUAAACUUAAAAAGACUUGCUAGAAUAUAGCUCUUAAACAUGGGUGAUUCUUAACCAGACUAAGUGUUCUGUUUGUAAAAUAGAAAAUGCUAAAGGGACUUGUGCUGUAAGAAAUUUGUCUUGAUCUGAUCAGAUUUUAGUUUUGAUAUUCUACAUGA